ACUCUUGAAUCGAGAAAAAGUAAAACCAAUUUUCUCUCUCUCCAAUGGCAAAAAAUCACGCAGCAAUCGCGCUAACCCUAGAGGAAGAGGCGGAGAAAGUCUUCAGCAAAUUCGAUACCAAUGGCGACGGUAAGAUUUCUCUUUCCGAACUCGGCGACAUACUCAACGGUCUCGGCUCCGCCACUCCCGCCGACGAGGUCAAGCGCAUUAUGUCGGAGCUUGACACCGACGGCGACGGCUUCAUCGAUUUGAAGGAGUUCAAGGCUUUUCACUGCGGCGGCGGCGAUAGCAACAAGGAAUUGAAGGAGGCGUUUGAUCUGUACGACAAGGACAAAAACGGUAAGAUCUCCGCCAACGAGUUGCACUCGGUGCUCCGCAGCCUCGGAGAGAAGUGCUCGCUCAAGGAUUGCCGCAAAAUGAUCGGCUCCGUCGACGUCGACGGUGACGGAUGCGUGAAUUUCGAGGAAUUCAAAAAGAUGAUGGCGAGGCCUUCUUAAUCAUCAGAAUUUCAUCUAACUGCUGGUUUUACUUUUACUUACUAUUCUUCCCUUUUUAAUUCGAAUUUAAGCAACAAUUAGGAGUAGUUUUCUAGAUUUGGUGUAUAGAAUUUCAUCUCUAUUGUUCUCGUCUCUACAAGGAUAGGAAAUUGAAAUUGCUUGGGUGUUUUCAACAGAACAGUUGGCGGUGGAUUUGUCACGGGUAAAAAGGGGGAUUUCGUUGGCAUUUAAUGAAAUUGUUAUGAACCAAUCGUGGUUGAUUUAA